AUGAGCCUGCUGGAGGUCGUCGCCUGCGCGUUGGGCCUUAUCGCCGAGCCAAAAUCCGACGACCCCAUUCUCCGAUGCAGUGAGAUCGACCUGCAGGACUUCCUCUUCAACCACCCCCAGAAAGCUCUCGAUCUCGCACACCAAAAAUUACACGUUUUCCCCUUCAAGGAUGUGAAGGACCACUGGCGGCGACUCUACACUGACGCGUCUAUCGUCAAGGCCUGCGUCAUCAUCAUCACCAAAUGCCGCCUGAGCGCGGUCUCAUUCGACCAGCAACUCGAUGUGCCCCAACUCAUUGAAGACCUCGAGAAGCCUCAGCCUUGCCCUCGGAUCGGAUUGAAUGCACCAUGGAUCUCAGAAGUCGUCGAGGCCCUGGACAUGGCCAAGAUCAUGACUGGAGCCCCCCGCCGCGAGGAAUUGAUUGAAUGUUUACUGGCUGCGUUGCAGUCAGCCACAGCGCCUUCAAAGCCUGCUGUAAACGGCGAUAGCGAUAACGACAGAGAAGACUCGCGACCCAAGCGCAGAAAACUCUCGCCUCCUCUAUUCCCCCCGAACGCGUUCCCGAGCCCUCACAUUGAACAUCCGAUUCCGCGGGUGUCGGCGCCAUCAUUCGAUUCCAUCGAGCAUCAUAUCCAAGAUAUCCGCACCCCACUAGUCAUCACCGACGCAAUUGAACACUGGCCCGCCAGGACAACGCGCUCAUGGGCGUCGCGCGAGUAUUGGUGGGGUCGCACAUUCGGCGGCCGCAGACUGGUGCCAAUCGAGACGGGGAGAUCAUACACCGAUGAAGAUUGGGGGCAAAAGAUUGUUCCCUUCAAGGAAUUUGUGGAUAAACAUCUUUGGCAUGGUAAUGAAGUGCCCGACCAAACUCAGAAAGACGAAGACCAGGACCAUCACGACACAUACACAGCUUACAUGGCCCAACAUGACUUGCUUUCGCAAAUACCCAGCUUGCGCAGUGAUAUCAGUGUCCCGGAUUAUUGCUACAUUACACCUCCAGGACCGGAGCCCGGAACACCGGUAUACGAGAGUAAAAAGCGCGCACUUGAAGAAGCGCAAUCGAAGAUCCAGGCAUCUGAAUCAUGCGCCGACCCGAAGCAUCACCAAAAAGAUACUAAAGAUGAAGAGGAAAAUGCAUCGGAUACAGAGUCACUCAUGGGCCUUCCAUGCGAUCCGUUGAUCAACACUUGGAUUGGUCCUGCGUCAACUAUCUCUCCCCUCCACCAUGACCCCUACCACAACAUCUUCACGCAGGUUGUCGGCACAAAGUACAUUCGUUUGUAUUCACCACACACGCCUGCAUCGCAGAUCCACCCCCGGGGCUCGGAGGUGGUCACAUCUGUAGACAAGACAGCCGAGCCAGACCCGGUGACUGGGGCCCAGCCAUUGGUCAGUCAUUCAAUUGACUCGUCGAACACCUCCAAGGUGGACUUGGCAGCCAUUGAGUUCUCGCCGGCCGAAUACGAUGAGUGGGAAACCAAGUGGCCCGGGUUCUUGGAUGCCGAGUACGUGGAGACUGUCCUCCACGAAGGUGAAUGCCUUUACAUUCCCGUCGGAUGGUGGCAUUAUGUUCGUGGUCUGAGGGCUGGCGUCAGUAUCAGCUUUUGGUGGCAAUGA